CUUUAUUAAGAAAGGGCCCUCCAGUGCAAAAUACUUGGGCACACACAUCAAAGGCCAUAUUGCGCUGUUAGUUUUUGCGACAAGCAGGAAGAUGACGUGUAAACAAAACCCCAAUGUCACUGUAAUGUUAUCCUGUGAGCAUCAACAGUGAUGGGCAGAGUGAUGUAGAAUUCAGGACGGCGUUUGAUAACACAGGUCUCUUCACGGCCCGUUAGCCCUUAAGAUCGAAAACAAAACAAGUAUGGAAAUUAAAUGCUAUGUAUGUUCUUGAAUUAUGCUCCAGACGUCACUUCUUUGGACCCAUAUGUGAUAAAUUCUUUUGACAAGUUGAGACAGAGAUCAUGGCAAAUGAUGGUGGUGAGAAAUAUUACGAAGACUAUAUUCUCAGGAAGGAGGGACGAAGCAAAGUAAGUGGACAAGAAGUACUGAAAUAAGGUUACACAUAAAGCGUUAGCAGAAUCUUCAUUGAAAGCUUAUCAUUAUUAGUUAAUCUAGUAUGCAUAACAUUUACUUUUUCCUUGCAAUGCAUGUGAAAUCAUUUUCCAUUAGCUUGCAAUUAAGCAAAGUAGUCACUGAAAAUCUUUUCUCACCUCUAAAGCACAUUUCAGAUACCAAACUUUUCAUGAGCCAAACCUUAUUUGAAUUAAAGCCAACCCAAAUUAUUGAUUUAGACGCUGAUCUUAAUUGCAACUGAACUAAGUUCAAAAAGCGGAAAAUGCUCAUUUCCAUCAAACUGCUUACAAAAUACGUUUUAAUAAUUUAUGCAUUAGUUUUUCGGUACUUGAAAAGUUUGGCAUCUGAAUCAAAGCCAUUCCAAAGUCGCUCCAAAGGUGAAAUUCCCCGCCAGGCUAGGCAAAAAGAACAGCUGAGCCGUUCAAUUCAAUUCAAUUCAAUUCCUUAUUUCACACUAUAAAAGAUAUUUACAUAAGUGUACGUAGAUAGGAAAAUAAAGUGGCUGACAAAUAAUAAUAAUUAACUAAAAGACAUUAAGUUCAUUUGUGUACAGUGUCCAAAGUAGCAAGAGCUUUCUUGUUGGACACCGUCAUGUUGAAAUAAAAAUUGAAACAGACGUUCCUAAUUGAUUCAGACGCUGACCUUUUCAUGAACUUAAUUCAAUGUAUUAGCUUCGGCUCAUGAAAAGUUUGGCGUCUGCACCGGGCCUAACUAAUGAAUGAAAAAUUAAUGAGGUGUUAAAUGUGGCUUAAGCUUAAUGUGUUAAUCUUUUUUAAAAACUAUACAGUGAGUUUUUUAUUAGCCAAGACAAGAAAAACUAAAUAUCUAAAAAAACAUAAUAAUUCUUUAAAGUUUAUUCUGAAGGAGGAUUUUUUUUAUCACAACUGGUAUUAUGUUAAUUACUAGUUUAUUUUGUAAAUGAAAGACUUGUACUGUUAUUAAUAUAUAAUUCAAGGGGAACAGCCUUUAAAAGAAAAUUAUUGUUCAGCUUUCAAAUAUCUAACUUUAGUAAACAUUCACCAAUGCGAUGAUGCCUGAAAAUGUGUACAACACUACAAUAAUGUUUUGGCUCCAAAACAGCCUAAUGAGUUUUUUUGCUUAGGUGGAAAAGGUCAUUAAGUUUUUCUCACUUUGUUGACCACAAUGAAAUCCUGAUGUUUGCCAAAUUUUAUCGUUCAGAUUGCAUCCUGGAGUACUUAAAUUUUCAAAAUUUCCUGGGGGAACAUGCGCCUGGACCCCCUAGUUUCUUAUGUCUUCGGCACUCAUUAUUGGCACUAUCACGCCGAUAUUACACAUAUUCCCAGUUAUGCCCCACCAAGGAAAAAUUCCCGGUGCCACCCCUGCUUUUUCGGCUCUUGUUUCACCCGGCAAGAAAAGAGUGCUUGCGACCCCAAGCUGAGAAACAAUUUCCUUGGUGUCAGUAUUUUUCGGUCAAUCAUGAUUCAGCCUCUUAUAUUUUUGUCGAGCUAAGGCGCGUGGGGAUCUCGGGUGCACUGGCCGACAGUGACAAUGAGCAAGUUUUUUUUAAAAUUAGAGGGAGUAAUAAAUAUUAUUAUAACCACAACAAUAAAGGUGAAAAUAACAAUUUGCGAAAAUAGCUGUGAAACUUGAACACGAAAUUUUAAUCACCGUGAUGCAUUAUUUUUACUUUUUAAAGUCCAUGAUACGUGCGUAGGACCCCCCCCCCCCCCCGCCCCCCCUCCUUUUUUUCACAACCGGAAUUGCUCUUUCUUAUCUUUUUCAUAAGCAAAAAAAAAAAAUUCUAUAUAAAAAUAAAUAAAUAAAAAAUUCCAAAAACCCUCAAAAUUCAAGUUUUUUUUUUCUAUUACUAGUGCACUCUAAUCAAGUACAAUUCUCUCUUAGGUGAAAUGUCGGACAGGGACAAUAGGAAAGUUUUUUUUAAAAUUGGAAGGGGUAAAAAAAUUUUUUAUAACAAAAACAAUAAAGGUGAAAAAAAAAAGUUGCGAAAAUAGCUGUGAAACUUGAAACCGAAAUUUUAAUCCCCGGGAUGCAUUUUUUUUCCUUUUUAAAGUCCAUGUUACGGGCGUAGGCCCCCCCCCCCCCUUUCCCCCCUCUUUGUAGUUGACCAAAGUUUAACAUUUGUCACUUCAUUUGUAAAGCCUAAAAAAUUACACUGCAUAUAAAAUUAUAUGUAAUUCACAUCUCCCUGGCAACAAUGUGUAUACUUUCUUUCAGUAAUAAAACUGGUGACCAGACCUCUGAGUUCUUUAAUAAAAUCUUGUAGUAAAAAAGGGGAGCUAUAAGGGGGAUUCUAAACAAAAAGCGCAAUGUAAAAAAACUAAAGUUGUGGAAUCAUUAAGCCAAAUAAUUUUGUUUCAUGAUUUUUUUUAGAUAGUGCUAAUUAAUUUUUGUGCAAAGUCAGUGUUGUAAGAAAAUAUUAUAGAAAUUUGUGUCAGUAUGAAAAACAGGCUUAAAGAUAGAAAAGUUAAUUAACACAUCAUUAUUUGUUAGACCAGCUGUUACCCCAACAUAAAAACAGCUCAUGCCACUGAAUAUUCUAAUCAUAUCUUGUCUCCUUAAAAUAUACCUGAUUAUAUUAAAAUGCUUGCUUAUUUUAGCUAGUAAAUAAUAAUAUUUAAUACUUUAUUACUUUAUUGUUAAGUACUUAGGGUGUUUGCUCAAUUUUUAUGUGUCCCUAAUAUCUUGCAUUUAAUAAUAUUCAUAUAAAGCAGAAAAAAUACCCUAUACAUGUUUGUACAUGUGGAAUCCCAAUUUUAAGAACCUCCAGGGUUUUUUCUAUCAAAUUAUCAGGGGUGCCAUGCAGCUCUUUACAAGGCCUCACAGUAUUGGCUGUGAAAACAAUAGACAUAGAAAUAUAAUCAUUUGAGUGAAUGACUCUAUCCUUAAAACAAUGGAGCUCCGUGUUAUGGAGAACCAAUGAAAUUAGAGGUUUUUAAGAGCUGUGUACUAACUGAAUUAUCAGGGGGUUUGUGAAAAUCCAGGCUCAAGACAUCAAGUUUCUGUUCAUGUCUUAAUAAUAUACACAAAAAAAUUACUCAAGUCUGAGUGGCUGAGAAAGGAGUGCAGUUCUGUAACAAGAGUGCAAACUUGUAACACGAGUGCAAAUUACAAAUGGUUUCUGAUUGGCUGAAAACACAAAAGAAACCACCAAGAACCAAUCAGAUCUUAGCUGUUUUAACAACAAAAUUUAAGAAAAUUUAAAUAUCGUGUUCAAACUAAACCAAUGGGUGAAAAUACCAUAGUAUCCGUAGCUGGUACUAGCCUUAAAGAAAGUGAAUAAAAAGUUUACGAAUCGUAGCUCCACAAAAAACAACAGUCAGCAAGCUAAAGAAAGCAAAGAUUGUAGAAUAUAACCCCAAAUGUCACAGGCCACAGAGGUAUAAAUUUCCUCAACCACUACGAUGAAACCGACAAAGAAGAGCGACGAUGACUCUCUCUUGCAAUAGGCCAAGGCCAAAAUUAAUGAAAUAAUGAGAACCUGCCCAGCUCUGAGAAAAUGCAAAUAUUAUAUUUAAUUAAUACUGACAGUUUCCCUCCUCACAACAACUGUGGCUCCACUAACCCAUCGAUGGCAGCGUCGAAAGAAAACAAAUUGCUUCCUUCAAUUUUGGGUUGUAAAUCUCAAAUUGAAAAAUUUCUCCAUGAAUCCAGCUGUGAUGAGGUCUCAGGAACAGACAAUGACGAACAGUAGUUAAACAACUCUGAUCAGCAAGUGUCUUUUAUCUUUGGCUGCUCGAAGCAUUCUCCUGAUUUCAAAAUGGCAGUAUACUUCUUGUAAACGCUUCUUGUAAACGCCGAGCUCUCAUAAUCAAGGAUGAAUUUAAAAACACUUACUUUUACUGAUUAUAACUGUAAACCGAGUUAUUUUUAACAGGCUGGUGACCAUGUAAAAUCAAUCCUUGCACAUUUCCAAGUUCUUAGUUGAAUGAUUUUGAAAGUGUUGGUCUUGAAAAAGUUUGAAUUUGUCAAUAAGGUAGUAGUAUGUUUCAGCCAAUCGGUUGAAUUAACUAAAAUAUUGUGCGCUGUCAAAAUUUGUCGUUGUAGUUAUGUUUUUUGUGUAUAUUAUUAAUACAAAUAAAAGUGCACUGACGCCCCCCGGGCUUGUACACUUUUGUUGGUCUUUGAAAAAUUUACUUGUGCUUAUUUAUUCCAAAUUGCACUUGAAAUCAUGUGAUCACCUAGUAUACUCAACAAGGCUUAUGAUAUUUUGCAAGGUCACGGAGCCGCGAAAUUCAGGUAAAUCCGUAAAACCCUGCGCAAUUCACAAAAACAUGCAAAAUAUCGUAAAAUUCACUAGAAGGUUUGUCAAAUACAUGUCAAUACAACAUAUUUAAAACUUAUCUCAGCUAUGGGGGCUUUUUAAUUGCCAUUUAACUUGCAAAUUUAUCUUGGAACUUCAUCACCACGAUGAGCCAACAAUGUCCCAAAACUACCAGGUGUAAAUUAUGUUGUGAAAACCUGGGCACUAGUCAUGAUGUUAAAAGCUUUGCCAUCUUGGCUCAAAAAAAUUCUCGAGCACUUUGUCGUGAAGAAAAUUUCCACAAAAUCAGCUGUUUUUUACCAAUUGUUUUUUGGCGAAGUUAAAUAGCCCCGAAAAUUUUGCGAAAUCAGCCAAUUUUUCCAUGAAUCUGUCUCCUGAGAAACUGGCCUCUUUUUUUCUAUCAGAAGCCCUGCACUAACAAAGUUUGCCAUUAUUAAAAUUUUAUAAAUUUGUACUGACCAUGAAUGAGUGAAAUUGUGGUUGUAAUUUAGAAAAGAAAUUGUGACAGACUACCAUCAACUCGAUCAAUUUUUAACUGAUUUCUACCUUCGGUAUAGCCUGUGAGCAGGCUCACUUGUCGUGGCUUCUGACAGGUCGUGGAAGAAAAAGUCAAAUUUCGCAGGAUUUUUACGGACAAAUUCGAGGAAAAAUCGGCCGAUUUGUGGUAAUUUCAGCGGAGUUUUUGGGGCAAACUUCACCAAAAAGCAAUUGGUAAAAAACAGCCGAUUUUGUGGUUAUUUUCAAGGCAAAUUUCGCCAGGAAUCAAUCGGCUUUGCCCUGAUCAGACCAGCGUUUUUAACGUUUUUCUAACAGAGGUCACCAUUUGCUCUUUCAACAACAACACACUCCAGAAAUGAAGUGCCUGUUAGUUUCAGGAUGUUGUUUCACGUUUCAGGGGUGACGAAGUUCUGAGAUAUAUGUGCAAGUUUACGGCAAGUAAAUAGCCCCAAUAGCUGAAAGUUUCAAAUAUGUUUUUGGUGACAUGCCAGGUGGCGGCCAUUCUUAAUGGCACUAGAAGUUCGGAGCUUUUUUAUUUACCACAAUGCAGGACUAAUAAAAGAAAGUUCUCCAUCAGUUUCCAGGUGGCUUCUUUUGGGCUUCCUCGCCAUGAGAGUUUAAAUGAUUAGAUUUUUUUUUGCUAUAUACAACUUAGGCAAACAAAACAAUAAACAAUAAAUAAUAUUUGAUAAGAUUUCUACCGAAUUUCCCGGUAUUAAUUUAAUGUUUUUGUAAAUUUCGCAGGAUUUACCUGAAUUUUGCGGCUCCACAACCGCACCAAAUAUCAGAAGCCCUGACUUGUGCAAGUUCGGGGAACUUUUUUGGCAGCAGAGCUGCCACCCGGCGAGGAGAAAAGGCCGAGGGUGCCCGAGACAAAAAUGUGGCUUGCAUACAGGCUUGCUUUUCCUUGGCCCAUUCUCCUUGCCAAAUGGCAUCUCUGCCGCCAAAAAUUUUCCCUGAACACACACAAGUGAGCCUGCUUGCAGGCUACCUCUGGUAUUUUACAUUUGUGUAAUAAUCAUUGAUCAUUAUAGUAGCAUCAACAUAGAACCUGCUAAUUAUUAUAACUCUUAGAGGUUUUUCUGUCGUUUAUUUUCAGUGGAUACAGUACUGGGUUGUAAUAAGAGGAGUAUGGAUGCUGUUUUACUCAGAAAGAGCAACAACUAACAGAGAUAAUGUAAGAAUAAGUUGUUGCAUCAUAUUAUACACUAAUUAAUGCCAGAUCCUGAGGGAAACAGUUGGUUUUGUUUUCCCAUGUCAGUCCUGAUUCGUCUCCGGAAACAUCAGGACUCGUGGGAAAAGAAAACUAAUCGGUUUCCCAAUUCAAGGGACCUGACAUUAAGUGUUUUGUUAUAUUUCUAGACUUUCACUUCAAUAGCAACAAGAAAAAUAACCAGAGCAAACCAAAACAGUCGAUUGGAUACUCAUAACAACAGAAAAUUAAAUUCUCAAAACCACUGAAUAACUGAUUUACCAAGUACUUUCCUUAUAUUAUCUGCAUCUUUUUCCUCCACUAUAUACUAGCUGCUGUUUCUCUUCUGGGAUAACUUGAAAAAUUGUUGCUUUUUAGCUUGAAGCUGGCAGUGGUUUUCCUGCCUUCUCUCACGCCACUUUCCAUCAUGCUUUGACCACAUGCUGUAAUGUAUCCCGAGCAGGGUACAUUGCUUUAAUGUAUCACGAUUGGGACUUAAUGUAUCACGAUCGGGAUACAUUUGAUUUUAGUCAAGGCCACAUGACAAAGAAUCAACCAAUGGCAGUCCGGUGUUUAGUUGAGUGAAAGCUGUCUAGGAAUAUAACAACAUGCAUUCAUAUUCUUCUUAAUCCACACUGUGAUCAUUAGACAUUGCAUAUAUGAAGAUUGGAGAAUUCUCUGUUUACUACGCUGAAUUCUCCAGCUAAUGUUCAAUAGAUUACGACUAUUUUUUACUCAGAUGUAGGCUUCUUUCAAAAUUUUCUCCUGUAAUGUGACACCUUUCUCCUGCUUCUAGAAUUAUUGUUAAUGAAAACCCUGUUUAACCCUCUCUGGCUGCUGGGGUUAAUGCCUUCUGAUCUACAUGUAGAUCCACAUCACUACUUGACAGAGAUUAAUAAUAAAACUGUUGCUUGGGUACCUUUUUCAGGCUUUAGGUUUAUGAAAUGGUAGGAGUUUAAUUGUUAAAUUUGAUGAAAGGGCAGGGAAAUCUGUCAUUUCAAUUGGUUAAAAGACCCAAAAGGACUAACAGAUCUAUGCAAUUUAUGGCUGUGAAAAAGUUGAGAAAAUUUUGUGGUUUUGUGAUUUAUUCAUAUUUUAAAGACUGCAUUUGAAGUAGUUAAAAGAGAUCAUGCAAAAUUCUAAACUAGGGGCCCAAUCCAUUCAACCAAAAUUCUGACUGGUCCGACCGGGAAACUGGUCCACCUCAAAAGGUGGACCACUUUUUUCGACACUUUUCUGGUUGGAUGGAACCGAUCCAUUGAGUUUUGGACCGAAAUUUCUGGAAAUUUUGGUUGAAUGGAUUGCACCUUUAAGGUAUGCAAAAGGGGUAUAUUUGUCAAUAGAAGGUAUAUGAAAGGGGUACCUGUCUAUCAAAAAAUUAAUGGUAUUUAAAUUUGGUAAGGGGUUGGACAUCGGGGCAAAGCCUCCCCACUGGUUGAGUUCCCCAGCACGCAAAUUUAUUAUGUGAGAAUAUGUGAGAGAAUAUUUGAAAGCCAGGGUAAUAAAUUACAUUCAGAACUCUCCCUUUUUUUUCAGUUUAGAGGAUCUAUUGAGUUAUCAUCCAAUACUAAAUGUAAUAUAGUAAGAAGAGGAACCUACAGCUUUCCUUUCUACCUCAGCACUGAACGAGGAACUCAUCUGUUUAAGGUACAUGUAAAUUUAUUGGCAAAUUUAUUCUUAUAAAUUUACAACAACAAAUUUACAAAAAAUUUACACCAACAUGUACAUUGUGUAAAUUUAUUUCCACAAGAAAUUUUGUACAUUUACAUGUACUGAAUGGCUUUUCAGCCAGUGUCAACAGUAUGCCAUAGUAACUGUGUUUUUAUUGUGUUUAAGAUACGUCAAUACAUUGUACAUAUUCAGCCAUUUCAAUCACAUGAAAUCAGUGGAGUCCUAUAUACUUUUAUCUGAAUGUGUGGGAUUUCUAUUUUACCCUUAUCGUGUCAAAAAUACUUGAAAGUGUAUUUGCUCACAAAUUAAUUAAACUAGUUCUUAUACAGUGUAAUGCGAAUUUGUCCUAAUAUGCAAACACAGUAGAUGAGAUGUAUUAUAAUUCAAGUAUUGUUCCUACAUGUAUGUUAUUUUUUAGCAUGCCCCCUACAUCUAUCAUUUUCCUAGCUGUGCCUCAGCCACUAGAGUCAAGAACUGUACCAGUGUGUAAAGAAAAAUUUUGCAAACAGGCUGGUGAAAUUUGGUCUUACUUGCCCAAUGGGCAAGUGAUUUUGUUUCGCAGGGAGAAUUCAGAUUUUAAUACAGAAGAACUGUAAUCAAUGCUGCUCAGUCACAUUUUUUAUGGGCAAGUUGAAAUGAUUUUUGGGCUUGUACAUGCUAGCUACAGCUUGCUCAAAGGACAAGCUAUAAAGCUCACUUUCCUUGCACCUAUACUAUUCAAAAAUACUUAACACAGAGUCCUUAAGUAAUGCAAUAUAUUCUGCAGAGGGAGUGGUACAGUGUAGCCUAAAUUAUAAGUGUAAAUCCCGAGUAGUGCAAAACACAAGUGUUUACUUUUAUUUAGGAGUAUGUUGCAUCAAGAUGUAUUACAUUUUUUUUCAGUGUGAGACUAACUUGAAGCGGCACCAAUGGAUGUACCUUAUAGAACUAGCAUCAAAGGUAACAGCUGUCUAAUCAUUUGUUUAUUAUUUAGGAUAAGUGGAAUAUUUUGAAGAAAUAGGAUCAUACGAUGUCUGAUAUUACCUAGAAGUCAGUGCCGUUUAUGCGAUAAAAAUUUAUGUCUUUGGUAUAAUAGAUGUUUGUCAGUAGCUUAAAUAAUGGCGCAUUGUUUCAUGAUGUUUCAUAAAGUUUGAAUAUCUAUUCCAAUUCAAGUUUUUUGUCAAAAUUACUUGGGCCACUAAACUCAGAAAAAUUAGUGGUGUAUAUACAUUGUACUACUGGGAAAACAGGGCCAAUUAGCUAGGGAACACUAGACCAAUAUUUGGGUAUAUACAGCUGUAGGUGAGCUGCUGAGGGUUUGAAACCCUGACCCUAUUUAGGACAAAAAGAUCCUUAUAAAAUACAAACCCUGUUUAGGACAAAAUGCACACCAUCUUGUCUUAAAUCCAUCAUUUAUUUGCAGUUACAGUAGAGCAAAUUUACAUUAUAGUCAUUUAAUAAUACUUUUGUAUACUAGAUUACAAACAAAUUUCAUCAUGCAAGCAAAGCAAAUCAGUCGUGCAGGCAAUGCCCUGUUUAUAUUUAAUAACAUAUUCACUUCUAUGAUGCAAAUUCAACUCAAAGUUUUCUAAUGCGCUUUAUAUUCAAUUUCUCAAAAGAAAACUAUAUAAAAGUAUAAAAUUAGUUAAAAAUAAAAUACUUACAGUCAAUGAUGGUUACACACACAUAAUUCUACGUACAGACUACGUGAAUUAAAUGGUUAAAAACUAAAAUUACAUAGUAAGUUCCAUACAGUUAAAAUAGUGAUUAGGUAUUCGAAAUUACUCUCUAUCUAUUACUAUCUAAUAAAUAGGUUAGUUAAAAUAUUAAAGCUUUCUUGAAAAGAUACAACAAAAUGUAUGUUUUAAGCUUUGCCUUAAAAGUGCCUGAUUCCAUGUUCCUCUCGCGGAGGACAGGCUCACACAAAAUUAUAGACCCUUUUUAGGACAGACUUGUGCGAAAUUAUCUGCACUGUUUAGGACAAAGAGGACGAAAACCAUACCCUGUCCAGCGGCACAUCCCCAUAUAGGCCGUAUACAGGGGUACACUACAGGGCCUGGGUACCAAUUUGCUGUUUAUAAAUUUUAAUUUGAAACUUUAGGAUUGUUUGAAACUUUUCACAGCCAGAAAAGUUGUAGAUUGUAAGUUUGCUGAGUUCCAGGGGAGUAAUCCCUUGUAAGUAGACUACUGUGUCCCACCAAGUCAUCCAGAGGGGAGGGGGUACAUGAAACAGGUCCCCACACAAAUGUGUACUAAUUAGUAACCUCUGACAAAGAAAAAAAAUCUGGCUCUAGUUCGGUGUUCAAAUACCCUGUUGUGAGCAUCAGUUUCUCCAGGCCUGAUGCUACACUACAAAGUGAGAGAAACAAUUGCGAGCGACUGUCUGCUUUCUUGAUUGAGCCACCAUCCAGUGGCAUGGACGAAUAAAUCAACUUUGAACAUGAAGGUAAAACCUUCUUAAAAACAAGUUAAGGCUCUCCGGCAUUAUUUUGCUUAUGCUUAUAACUGCUGCCUUAAUGCGAGCCUGCAGUAUCCGGUCUUCCUGUUUUCCCAUAGGGACUAUUUCACGUAGGCAUCACAUAGACGCACAUGCUUGAUGGAAAAGCAAACAGUCGCUCACAGUGGUUUCUCUCCCUUCGUAGUGUAGCAUCCGGCCCGGAGAAACUACUGCUCGCUACAGGUGCUGUAUGUAGUGUUUUAAGAUGGGUAGGACUAUCCAAAGGAUAAAUCUCUAAGGCUACCCUAAAUCCACUUUUUUGAGCAAUGAAGUCGUGAAGAUCAAUGGCAAGGUUACUGUUUUCCAUCCUAACUGAUGACCCAACUAAAACAGACUUAUCUUUUUCCAAUUGAUAAUGCAAUAAUAAUGGUUUCCCUCACACAUAUUGGCUGGAUGAUAACUAUUUAUCCAGUGGAUAGUACUAUCCAACUUUUGAACAACUGGAGUCAGCAUAUACACAGCGUGAAAGUGAAUACGAAUAGUGUUGUUACUGGAUGUGACUAUUUUAGGGGUCGCCUCCUGUGCCUGCUCCCCUGGCUGUUCCCCACACACCAUCUCAACACAUCACAAAGGAUUCAAUCCCAAAUGAUGGCCUACAAGGAGAUAACACAGAAUCAGACAAAGUGGACUUAGCGCAAGAUGAGGAUGACAUCUCUAUACCUCCUGGUGUUAUUCUAGUUACAACACCCAUAGAUGACUUGUCACAAAUUGAAGAAUUGUCAAACAACCACAUGUACAGUAACACAACAGCAGAAAGGGCAGGACCAGGUAUGGUCUUUCAGUCACUUCUUUGACAAUAUGCUUGACCCUUUGGGGAUUAUUCAUUUUCACAGGUAGCAAUGGAGACGCUCAGGUCAUAACUUUCUCAUUUUGAAGGAGUAAGCUAGGGUAGUGGUUGGAAAAGUUAAAUCUAAUCCUUUGACCCGCCUUAUAAAGUAGCUCAAGCAAGACCCUUAUAUUAUUAAGUCAGCUACCAGUGCUCUAAAUAAAGUGUCUAACCAGGAAAAUCAAUGUUUCAUUUUACUAAUAAUACUAUUAUUAGAUAACUGUUGCAUCCAGCACCAGCUUAGGUACAAUCUUGGGCAAAAAGUGUAAAGAAUGUUGCUCUUUCUUACCCACAGAGUGCCUAUCCCGUGGAUUUGAUACCACAAUGGCCCCUCCCCUUACCUCACCCCGGUCAAAGUUGUUUAGUCGGGAUCAGAAAUGAUCCAGCCGGACUUCAACAUUGUUUUUGUGGAGGGAAGUGGGAGUAUUUGUAGUUGCCAGUGCUUUCAAGAGCUUUAUCUUGAAACUAGACAUGGUUGGACAAAAAUGUUGCGAAAAAUAAACGUUAGACUGUGGUCUCCCAUGCCUCAGGAAGGAAGAAAUGCGUGACAAAGCCCUAAGAAUAUCUGCCUGGUAGGCUACAACUAACUGUGUAGAAGUCAGGGUGGUCUAAAUUUUGCUUAUAAUAUACCCACACUUAAGCAAUUUUAUCACCACGUCAAUUGAUAAUAAUUAAUCAGGGAGGUUCUGACUUAAGAUUCUGUAGGCAUUUCUAUAUUCUAAAACAGUGGAUAGUGUUUUUCGCGCGCUCUGAUUGGCUACUUAACCUCCGGAUAUCCAGUGCUAUUCACUGAUUCACCUCCAAUUUCGCCGAGCGAGCGACGCCAAACUCGCGCAAGUUACAAGCGAAAUGGCUUCCCGGUUUGCUGCCGUAACAAACAAAGAAAUUUCACAAAUAGUCGAACAAGCUGUUCCCAAAAUACACGAAGAAGGUGACGAAAUUCGGUUUGGAAGUUUUAACAGGUGCAGCUUUGUCUGUUUGCCUUGAAUUUAUCGAUGAAACCAGUGGAAAAUUUUUUUGUUUACGAAUGUAAAUUAAGCUUAAGCUUAAGUCUUGCGUUACUUUUUUUUUAGCUGACAUGUUCAUAAAUAAGCUUAAAACUAAAUUUAAUAGUUUUAUUCACAACUACUUUUGAAGAAAUCUCCCCAAAAGAGAUCAACAAAUGCCUUCAAAAGUUUUAUUUGACGGCAAGAAAACGCGACAGCUGUUUGGUCAUUGCGCGCCAAAAUUGUAAUCGUUGGCAACAGUAAAUGAGUUAAAAAUCGUCAUUUUUGUGCUCAAUUAUCUCACUGUUUUAGUAUAUACUAAAACAAUUAUUCACCUCAGUGUCGCUUCGCGGCUCGGUAGCCACCUCCACUUCGGUUAAUAAUUGUUAUAUAUAUAAAAAGAAACUCAUAGCAAAGGUUACAAGUUUAUACUUUCUGAUCCAUCUUAUUUGUUUUUCUUCUUUCAGUGCCACCACUCCUUGGUAGGGCUGUACUUUCAACUGGGAUCACAGGGACAACAAUGGGUAAGCUCCAUUCAGUCUUUAGCUCUUUUGAGUGGCUCUAUCCUGUAAUGAUUCAUAAAAUGAAAGGGAAAUUAGAUUCAGAGCUCUCUUUAUCCUUUCUUUGGUUUGUUUGUUUGUUUUUCAGUAGUCCAAAAGCCAAGUUCAUUGUCUUCAUCAACAAAGUCUCCUUCACCUAAAGUUAGUGGCUCAUUCCAGCUCACAAGAAGUAAGUGACCAUACUGUGCCAGGUUUUUCCCUUUAAGUCCAUUCUCUAUCUACUCCAAACUCUUCAUGGAUAAAAUACUUUAGGUUCACAGCGACCUAGAAUAGGCAUUGUGGCAUAUCAGAAUGUAAGAACCUGGGAGAAUGUAGUGUUAGAUGUGGUGUCUGCUUAUGGCGAGUGUAAAACCCGAAGUCAAUUCACGAAAAAUUGUCCCAAGUAGAAGUUACAACUAAAACAGUGUGGUUAUUGUUUUGAGACUCUGAAUAGGCUGAGUACUUGUAAAUUACACUUAAAACAGUUGUGAUGAAUUGAUCCCUGGAUUUCCUGCCUGCCUUAAAAACUCUCCUUUUUUAGGUCAGACCCCUUUCUUAUUCGUGUGAUGAGAAGCGUAUUUUUCUUACGCAUUUACUUGUUUAAAGCCUUACAGUCACAUCUGGUAAAACAUACCCUAAAAGAUUGUAUUAUUGAACAAUCAGUCUUUUACACUGUAGAUUGUGCCUCUACUAGUGUCAAAUUUAACUACUUCCAUGUAUCAUUAUCUGGCAUAUACAUUUAUAGCAGUUAAUGUUAGAACACAACUUCUCGGUCAGAUUAGAAAACUGUUUUGAAAUAAACUUGAAAUAUAUGUAAUAGCUACGAAGACAUUUAUAUCGCAUAUUUAUUUUAUUCGUUCCAACGUCAGAUUUGCACUUUUGACAUAUUCACAGGUAGCCUUCGACGCCUUUGACUGCCCUGCGUGUAGAUUUUUGGCCAAUUAAGCAAGCAGGAAUCUAAAAAUGGAUCGAAAAUCGGCAGUAAUUAUGAUACAAUUUCCAAAUAGUCAAAUCUAUCGACAAUAUAAUCUGUGGGGUCACGCUUGGCUUCAACUGGUAUGACUGCAUGCUGUUUCCUGCAAGUAAGAACAUGAAUCACGGAUUUAACUUAUUCACCAUGUUCACGCUGCCAAUCGCACUCGCAAAACCCUGACAUAUAUACAUAAACAUUGAGAUUACCUGAUUUGUAAAGUUAUGGCUUAACUGUUUUAAAAGUACGUCUUUUUUAAAAAUAAAUCCCUGAUGAGAGGUUCUAUUAUUCUAGCAUCUUCUUGAGUCGAUAGAGUCCUGUUAAUUUUUUAAAUCAAGUAGUUAUUAAGUUUAAAUUUCUUUAUUUUUGUUUUCAGGUGAGUUGUCAAAGAACCGGAAGUCUUCUCAUCCAGCCUCUUUUUCUGGCGAACUUAGUCCCCAGUCUUCCAGUUUUGGGGGUCGAAGCAAUUCUGAAAGGCCCUGUAGUAGUCCCAGUCCUACUCAGUUAGAACGGAAGCACGCUGGCCGGAAAUUGACUCCAACAACUGCAUCACGGGGUAAUGUCAGAUUUUCAAGACAUAUGGCCAUGUCUGCUCCAGAUAUCCAAAUAUUAACAGUUGAAGACUAAACUUUAAAAAAAUGAAUUUGACGAUUAAAAAUCGUUGUGGUGUGGUCUUAGAGCUCCCUUUGGCCUCCUCGUUUUCAUCCUUCUAUUGAAUCUAAGGCCCACUCACACUAGUUUGUUUUCGUUUGUCAACGACAUUAAUAAAUUACGAGAAGAGUCAUCAACGUAAAGAUGUUAAAAUUUCUUGUCACAAAGUGGUAAGUUCAAAGUCACCCAAAACGAGACUAGUCACUGUAUUACACGUGGUGAACGAUAUUCCAAAAAUUUCUUGUCACAAAGUGGUAAGUUCAAGGUCACCCAAAACGAGACUAGUCACUGUAUUACACGUGGUGAACGAUAUUCCAGGACGACUUGUUAACAUGUAAAUAGUUAAAACAUUAUUAGAAUUGUACGCCAUUUUGUUCAAAAUGAUAAUAAAGUUAAAACAUACUUUCGC